AUGGUCGCCAUUUCUUUUCUUUCUGUUUUCAGGAUCAUUGCUACACGGAUCGCACUGCCUAUUGCAACCCAACUGGAUCGACUUUGUCUGCCAAUUAAGCUCCGGGUACUUGUAACCCACAAGCUUGACCUCAGCCCUGCCUCCCCAGAGGAUUUCAACCGGAUUUGCUACAACCUAAGGAUCAUAUCGAAUGGAAUACGACCGGAAUAUGCCGCCCUGGAUUGUGGCUUCAACCGUCAAUCAGUUUGUUGUGCCAACAUUGCCUGGUAUUUCCUUUGUUUUGCAUUUGGCGUACAUGGAUCGGAUGAACAGUGGGAGAACAGCACACUAACCAACCAAUUCAGUGACUACAGCACAUACUCCAAUGGGAACAUGAUGGCCACUACCAAUGCGCAAUUUCUCUAUUCUCAAACAGUACCUACGGACCUGAGUGGUUCGCUAUGGGAUGCGACAGCAACAGAAGGCACACAGCACUUCCACGGAGACUCCGAGGAAUUCCCUUUUUCUUUUGGCCACGUUACCCCUAGAGGACAUGGACAGGAACAACAUGAAGCCGUGGAUGAUACCUGCGGAAAAUGGAUUGCCCAGGAGGAAGUUCCAGCGGUCACCGCGGAGCCGAUGCGACGCAUCAGCUCGCGGAGCUCUUCCAGGAGCAACAAACACAAGACUCUCAAGACCUCUGCCCACAAGACUCGACCGAGGAUCUUGUCUACUGUGUCGCAGGGGUCUCACAUGUCGCAAUUCGACAUGACAGGUAAUGGUCAGAUGGACGCGUACCUCAUCCAUGAAUCCGACGCGGUUUCUUCUCAGAUGUUUUAUCCCAUGCCCAUGAGUGUUGGCUUAACCACGGACGGUUUGCCAUACUCACCGGACGUGCUCGAUGCCGCUGGCAUGCCGCAGCAGCACAUGGAUCCCACCCACAUGCAACUGGAUUUUGACGCGUGCCUUGCCGGUAACUCUCCAUCGGGUUCGUGGGGCUCCUCGUCCAUCGAGUCUCGUACCUCUUCUCCCACCAUUCCGGAGGAGUGGGCCAGCAUUCCAAUGGGAAAAUCUUCGCCGCAGAGCAAUGGAUCCUCCCCCAUGAUCGACAGUCAGUCGCCAAGCUACCACAGUGGAAUCGGAUUGGUUACCGCAGAGGACAUCCAUGGAAAUGACAUGCAUGAUGGCACUUUCGCUCCAUCUUCUUUCACUCGCCGUCCCAGCGGCGACGGGGAGUCGUCUGCUCGCGACCACCCGCUCUACAAAAGCGCCAUGCCAAAGCCUGACGGGCUUUUCCAUUGUCCCUGGGAGGGACACUCCAGCUGCAACCACAAGCCCGAGAAGCUGAAGUGUAACUACGACAAAUUUGUCGAUUCUCACUUGAAGCCAUACCGCUGCAAGAACGAGUCGUGCGAGAACGCACGGUUCUCAUCCACGGCCUGCCUUCUUCGACACGAGCGUGAGGCCCACGCCAUGCACGGACACGGAGACAAGCCCUAUCUUUGCACCUAUGAAGGAUGUGACCGCGCUGUACCCGGAUGCGGCUUUCCCCGCAAUUGGAACCUGAGGGAUCACAUGAGACGUGUUCACAACGACAAUGGGUCGACCUUGAGCGCCGUCAGCGCUGCUCCCUCUGGACGUGGACCCCACAGCCACUCGGCCAAGGGCCGAAAGAGAAAGAGCAAGGACUCCUCUUCCGAAAGCUCAUCCAGCGGUCGCAAGACUUCAUCCAAGACGGCGUCUGCCGAUGAUGCCGCCGCCGCCGCCAGGGCGGCCGAGCAACCGCUCAUUGAGGAAUGGUACGAGCACCAGAGAGCUCUCCGCUCGUAUCUCCAGCAUUACGACAACCCGGCUGCCUUUGAGGUCCUGGAUCAAUGCGGCGAGGCUACAGAGCAUUUCGCCGCCAUGGAGAAGAUUUCCCGCAAUCUGAAGAAUUCCCGUGACACUUACGGACGGUCCUACACGCACCACUACACUGGCUGA